AUGACGGCAGUGUACCUAGUGCUCCGCUGCGCUGUGUAUUUGGUCAACGCCAGCAAGAGCAGGGUGGCACUGAGAUUUCUGGCAAAAGCAGAAGAGACAACAAGGAAAGAGGCAGGAGAGCCUUGCACGGUUCAGGACGAUGAUCAGCCUGAAGCAGCAGCUGGUGCUGCUGGGGUCGAGCGAGAGGGAGAAGUUCUUGUCAAAGAUGAGUUGUUGGAGCGUGCUCGGCAGUAUGUCGCAGAACUGGCGAACCUUCUAAGUGGAAACGAGUGGGUGUUUCUGCAGCUGGAUCGUGACAUGAGAGCCAGGCUCGUUGCAGAGUUUUUAUGUCUAUCUUUGGUAGAGGUCUCCGCUUUGCUCUCGCUGUUGGGAAGAGAUGAGAGGGCCGGCAUAGAAGAAACAAUACCUUCAAUAUCCACCGCAAUAGGGCCCGUCUACAUUAGCCUUUGCGGGUCAGGCCUUACCCAAUCACGGCGCCGGCAUCUGAAAUUUCUUCUCUCGCUCCUCGGCAGCCUCCCAAAUGUUGAGCCGGCUGCAUCGACACUCUCCAUGACGCAGCGGCUGCUAAAACUCAAGCAGUUGCUGGAACUGCAAGAUAUGGCCUUGACGCAGCUCAAAUACGGGAUCUCCGCCCUGACAAAAGCUGUUGAAAGCUCUACAGAAGCAGGUGAUGACCCCACAGCCGCUGCUUCAGCUGCCAAAGGUGCCGCUGCAGCUACGGCAGGGGCUACUGCAACUCCCGACUUACCUGAAGCUCCCGCAGAGUGUUUACUUGAUGCUGUUGUGAGGGCUAUCGAGUUAACCGUGCACAGACGUAAGAAACAAUUCUUUGUGGAUCCGAUCUUGAGCGCCUGGAUGCGGGAGGUGCAUCACCAAAAGCCUCACUACGGCUUAAUGAGCACCAGGCGUCUCUCAUGGUUAACACAGAGACCCCUGAAAACCCAUAGCGAACUCCUAGAAGCCCUACGCGCAACUCCUCUAGGUUCGGGAAAUGUAUCCCUGCAGCAGACACUCACAGAGGAAGUCGACGCACAGCAGGAAGCAGCCACCUCCUCUGCCCAGCAGGAACUUUCCCAAAGCGAUAGGCUCAGAGUAAGCAGUCGCCUUUACAGAUUCCCGGAUACGGCAAUUCAGUGCUUCGCCAUGGAGCGGCAAGUUUACCUCGACAUGUAUCGUCGCCUGCUGCACCGGGGCGUCUCCAAGUCUAUGCAAUGUCGAACUGCCGGACAAGAAGGUUCUCCGGAGGUCGACACUUGGCCGUUUACCUCGAGAGUAUGGGGACCGCUUGGGACAGCUCCCCCAGUGAUCGGUGCGGGUGCCUUUCCCACUGAAGGACCAGAGGAGCCAAGCCACCCAGAGGCUACUUCAGGAGAUACGCAACUUGCAGAACGCCUGGAGAGGGCACCCGACAAACAACCAGGCGAAGCAGCACCCUCUUGGCAUCCACCAGGCAGCAGCGACUCCGGCAGCUGA